AGCUCGUCGAGCCUCGGAACCCGGAAAGCGAGGGUCGAGCGAAGCCGGGGAGCGGAAGAACAAAGCACGUGGCACUUCCACUUCCGGUCGAGCCUUCUUCCGGCCGUCGCCAUGGAGACGGCUUGAGCCAGCAUCGUUUGUCGAGCCGCAUUUUCACACCACCAGAAAGACCAUCAUGUGUCACUCAGAAGACAUGCUGACCAAGGCCACCCAGCUCUGGACGAUGCUGGACGACAUGGCUGAGAGUUCUCCCGAGAGCUACCGCCAGUUCAUGCAGCAGCAACUAAUGGACGCCAAGGGCUAUUAUGCUCCCCCUGAGCCAGAACUAUGCCUGGAGGCCCACAUCUUGGACCCUACUGAAAAACCAUUGUUCGUUAACCUCUGCAGGUGGAAUAAAGUCCCAGCACCCCAGUCACCAUCUGACCCAGUACCUGUGCGUUCUAGCAAAAUGGAGGAUAUAUCCAAUAAAUCAGGGGCUUACAGCAUCCUUGCUCUCGCAUACAAUCCAUCCAUUCUCGAGAAGGGAAAAGAAAACCCGGCAGUGAGGGACCAGUUGAUCCAUCUGUCGCUCAAGUACAUAGAGGAGCAUUUCAGAGUUGUUCUGUCCCCCUGCUACAGUAUCGAAAAAUUUAAACUGAAAGGAAGCCUGGAAAGGAUGAGGCAGAGCUUGAGGGGAGGGCAGGCCCCAGUGCCUCUCUCCAAACAGAGCACGAGGCAAGUAACUCCAUCUAUGAAAGAUUCAUCUGUGAAAGACUUAAUGCUCAACCAGUUGAGAAACAUCACCGCAAAGGAAGACAGCAGUGAUCUUAGUCUGCUGAUGGAGAACAUCACACCCUCAAAAACGAGGCUUAUUGAAGAGAUUUCUAGUACAACUAUGCCAGAGGAAUCCUGCACACCAGUCUAUGCAUUAACCACCAGCAAAGACGAACAUGGGAAACCCCUGAAUGUUGAACUGAAAGUUGAAUUGCCAGAGAUACGUUGCAUCUCUGAAUGUAGCCUGAGUGUUUCAAAGGAUGAUGUGUUGAUUGAAUGCCCUGAAAAAUACAGAUUACACCUCAAUCUCCCACAGGCUGUGAAUGAAGAAGCAACAGCAGCAACAUUUUAUAAGAGAAAAGGUGUUUUGCUUAUCACAAUGCCCAUUUUGCAGUAGAAGUUAUGUUAAAGAGCAUGGCUGUGUGUGUGUGUGAUGCCUAUUCAACACUUCCAAAGACCUUACAUAAGUCCACUGGCUACUAGCCUGUAUUUUGCCCUUGUGUCUUUGAGCAGAAGCCCAGUUGCCCUUUGGACAGAUACAGCACUCAGUAAUGCUGACAGAUGUGAUAUGCUAGUUAAAAACCAACUCAUACUAACAGAAUGCUCCAACAUUUACUUGAAAUACUUAUUUCUAGAAUUUCUAACAUAAUGUAUGAACUGUGCAAUGCAAAACUGCAAAAGCUCACCUUUUAAAGCAGUAGUAAACUUUAGAUUGUGAUCAGUUUCUGUAUUAACUGAACAAUAAAACAUUAAAUAAGUCAA